GUCCUCAUUUGGGAGAUGAAAGAAAGGCGAGGCGUGAGAAGACCUCGGGCGAGGACGGGGCUAUUCCCAAGAGAACCGGGAACGGCCGGUUGCAGCUCCGGGAAAUCCUCGGUUGGCCCCGGGCCCUGCGAGGACGGCCGGGGCAGGGCGGGAGCCGUGGGGAUGCCCGGCACCGCCAGGCGGCGCCGGAGGGCCCAGCGUCCAGGAGGCGGGGUCUGCCGCGCGCGAGCUGCCGGCACUGCUCCGGGGCUGGGGCGCCGCGUGGGGCGGCACGGCCGGCAGCCGCUGCGCCGCUACCUACCUUCGGGUCGCGCCGAGGAGCGGAAUAAUGACUCAGGAGAGACCGGCGUACUGAAAAGACCUAUGCCUUUGCACUUGCAUCAAACAACCCAUUUUGAUGAAUUUGAUUGCCCCCCAGAGCUUCAACACAAACAGGAACUCUUUCCAAAGUGGCACUUGCCCAUUAAAAUCACUGCUAUCAUAUCAUCUCUGACUUUUCUUUACACUCUUCUGAGGGACAUAAUUCACCCUUUUGUAACUUCCCAUCAACAGUAUUUUUAUAAAAUUCCAAUCCUGGUCAUCAACAAAGUCUUGCCAGUGGUUUCCAUCACCCUCUUGGCCCUGGCUUAUUUGCCAGGUGUGAUAGCAGCGUUUGUACAGCUUCAUAAUGGAACCAAGUACAAGAAAUUUCCACAUUGGUUGCAUAGGUGGAUGUUAACAAGAAAACAAUUUGGGCUUCUUAGUUUCUUCUUUGCUGUACUACAUGCAAUUUAUAGCUUAUCCUACCCAAUGAGGCGAUCCUACAGAUACAAGUUGCUAAACUGGGCAUAUCAACAGGUCCAACAAAAUAAAGCAGAUGCCUGGAUUGAGCAUGAUGUUUGGAGAAUGGAAAUUUAUGUGUCUCUGGGAAUUGUGGCACUUGGAAUACUGGCUCUGUUAGCCGUGACAUCUAUUCCUUCUGUGAGCGACUCUUUGACCUGGAGAGAAUUUCGCUAUAUUCAGAGCAAUCUAGGAAUUGUUUCUCUUCUACUGGGCACAAUACACGCAUUGAUUUUUGCCUGGAAUAAAUGGGUAGAUAUAAAACAAUUUAUAUGGUAUACACCUCCAACAUUUAUGAUAGCUGUUUUCCUUCCAAUUAUUGUCCUGAUAUGUAAGACUGUACUGUUUCUGCCAUGCUUGCGGAAAAAGAUACUGAAAAUUAGACACGGUUGGGAGGAUGUCACCAAAAUUAAAACUGAGCUGUCUUUCCAAUUGUAGAAUUACUGUUCACAUACAUUAUUGUUCAAUAUUAAUGUAUUUUACCAUAAAUAUUUCACAUUUGUAUUUGUUUAAUAAAUGACCAUUUGGGCAUCUUAAUGUAUCUUUGUGAGUGAUGGGCUUGAAAUAUGUGUAGUUUCUUGCAGAAUUGAUUCAAAGCAAGAAAUAAUCUUUAGUAUAAUAAAAAAUCACAUCUGA